AUGCUGUUGCAAAGCAAGUUACGAGACCUACUCGACCGUCGACGCACAAACUCAACACUCCGAAACUUAACUUUACCUGUUCUCGAUCAGACCGACUUCUCCUCCAACGACUUCCUUUCGCUCUCAACUUCGCCAGAGCUCAAGUCAUCGUACCUCCAGGAGCUACAAAGGACUAGUCUCCCAUUAGGUAGCGGCGGGUCAAGACUCCUGGAUGGCAACUCGAUAUAUGCUGAACAACUAGAGCAAGAAAUUGCAUGCUUCCAUGGAGCCGAGUCAGGAUUGCUUUUCAACAGUGGGUUCGACGCAAAUGCUGGUUUCUUUGCGAGCGUGCCACAGCCGGGAGAUGUAAUAGUUUACGACGAGCUUGUGCAUGCAAGUGUGCAUGACGGCAUGAGAUUAUCACGAGCAGCCAAGGUGGUUGCCUUCGAACACAACUCUGUAUCAGCCUUAAAGCAAGUCUUGCUAGGUCUUCUCACUGAGCAAGAUGGUGUACGCGAAGGAAGAUGCAAUGUUUUUGUAGCAUUGGAAUCUAUCUACAGCAUGGACGGAGAUGUGUGCCCCUUGAAGCAGAUGGUCGAAGUAGUCGAAGAAGUCCUAGGUCACGAAAGGGGGUACAUUGUUAUGGACGAGGCGCAUUCUACAGGUGUGUUGGGACCAGAGGGUAGGGGGUUGGUGUGUGAAUUAGGGCUCGAAAAACGUAUAUUUGCAAGAUUACACACCUUUGGGAAAGCCUUAGCAGCCAACGGAGCGAUCCUUCUGGGCUCGGAAACCCUUCGCCACUACUUGAUCAACUACGCACGUCCACUAAUCUAUACAACAUUCCUGUCCUAUCCUUCGCUAGCCCUUAUCCGCUCUUCAUAUCGGCUACUACGAUCCGGGCAGAGUGUUGGUCUACAAGCUCAUCUACAAAGUCUCACGCAGCAUCUCUACACUAGUCUGAGUCGUCUCCAAAGACUCUCUGAUAUGGCUCAUAGAGUCCUAACGAUUCCAAGCGCAUGUCCAAGAUCGCCCAUCUUUGCAGUGCAGCUAGCAAAACCAAAAGUAUUGGCAAGCUUCCUGCAAAGUCACAGUAUGAUGGUUCGAGCUGUGGUACCACCGACAGUGCCAGUGGGUACUGCUAGGGUCAGAAUCUGCUUACAUGCCGGUAACACAUUUGCGGAUCUGGAGAGGCUUGUUGAACUCCUUGGAGAAUGGUGUGAGAGUCAAGCAGCUGAGAUGCUACAGGACAAUACACUAGAGCCAGUUACGAGAGCCAAACUUUAG